UCGUUACUAUGGUUAAAUCGAUCGAUUUUUUCGUUUGCUAAUCACAACAUUGCUCCCACGUAGUGAAAAUUCAUUCAUGAUGUCCAGUAAUGUUGAAUGAAGGAUGGAGAGGAAAACGAGUUUUAGGGGUUGUCAGGAUUCACACUGAUAGUCAUUGAUGAAAAUAACAAUCUGAGGAUAAGUCAAAAUGUCAUUGGUAUUGUCGAGAGUGGAUUAUGUGUCGGUUGGGGUGACAUCGAAGAGCACAACACGUAUUUUACCCUCACACGAAGCAAAAGCCACUCAAAAAUUCGCCAUUGGGGACCACGAUGGAAUUCUUCAUGUCUUUGGAAUGAAAAAAGGAGAGUUGCAGUUGGUGUUCAAAUCCCUCCCAGGUCCGAAGAUAGAGCGACUGGUCCUCGGUGGGUCAUUAGGAAGUCCCAAAGAUAAGAUUUUCAUCGCCUACGGUAAUUCCGUCAAAGGUUACACGAAAAAAGGAAAGAUGUUCCUGGAGUUCGAUACGAGUCUCAUCGACCCCAUCACUUCGAUGUUCGUCCUGGGGCCCGACCUGGCGGCGUGUGCCCGAGAUUUAUAUCACAGGUACCAAAACUGCAAAGACGCCGACUCGUAUCUCGCAGGGGAGACUCUGAACGACGUGAUUCUAAUUCCCGGUGAGGGUACAUCGGUUCUGGCCAUUCUCGCUUGCGGGGAUCGCGCCAUUCGCGUACUAACUGGCACCAAGAACCCUACAAUCCUUCGACUUCCAAGUGUUCCCACAGUGCUGAGCUCCUGGAGGGAGGACGACCGAGACUCCCGAAACCGAAUCCUCCUGGGCACUCAGGACGGAAAAAUCGGUCUGCUAACAGUUCAAGGUGCCAAAACAAUUCGAAUAACUUGGCUGCUGACUACAGUCGCCUCAGAAGUGACGUCCCUGGACACAUACGAGCUCGAUGACGGUCUGGACAUCCUGGUCGGACGUCAGGACGGAUCGGUGGAAGUCUUCACCUUUUCAGAUGACGAGGAGACGACACCGCUGCAUCGAUACCGCUAUAACGCAGGAGAAAGUAUCAGCACAGUAAUGGGAGGGAUUAUCGGUGCCUCUGGCUACCCCGAAAUCCUAGUGACAACUUACUCAGGCCGAGUGUUCGGUUUAACAACGAGACCCCCAGGCUCGUUGGAGGCUGGAGCCAAUUUGGAGGCCCUGGAAAAAUUGAAAACCGAGAUUCUUCAGCUUGAACAAAAACUGGUAGAGGACAGUGAGAUGUUUGACUUUCCAAACGAAGGUAUUGUUCCCCUGAUCCUCUCGGUGAAUCAUCGGAUGCUGCUGGAUCCAGACACAGCGUCUUAUCAGCUAUCGAUCGAGCUCGACACCCCCAUAGACAAUGUUCUGAUACAAUCAGACACACCAGUGGAGCUGUUGGACGAGAGCAACAGUGCAGUGGCCAGUCUCUCAAUUUGCAAUCCACUGGAGAAUAAUUUUGUUCUAGCAACUUAUCGAUGUCAGGCAAACGUCAAUCACCUGGAAACUCGAUUGCGCACUAUAGAGGGACAAUCAGGUGUCCUCCAGGUUUACGUGACGACUCAGAUCCAGCCAAAGGGUUGCAGAAGAAUAAACGUGCCGAUUUAUGCAUUGUCCCUUCACGCUAGGCUACAUCAGGACGAGAAUCCACAUACGUCUGGAGGACCUUUUAAUGAAUUAAGACUGGUUGGAGGUUUCACUGUCGCUGAGAUGCAUGCCUGGCUAUCCCUGGCACUUCCACAUAUUCCCGAAAGACCGCAAUUGGUUGAUGGGGAGGCCGCCUUAAAUUAUAUAUCGACCUUUGUUGGGACUCUGUUGAAAUGUAAGUACAAGAAGGGGAGUGCCAGUUUUCUUGGAGAGAAUGUAUCCUCUGUGAUCAUUUUGAGGGAUCUGUUGACGAGGGAGGCCACCAAGAGGAAGAUCAAGCUGGAUGUGUUUUGUGAUAUUGCUGAGGGCAGUGUCACCAGAGUCUUGGAGCUCAUUCUACCCAGGCUCAAAGCUGCUGAUGAGUUGACACAGAAACUGAGGAUUCUGGAUGCCCUGCAGGAGUGGGAGAUGAAGAGUGAGGCUGAAGGAAAUUUGAGUAGUGAGUAUCAGGAACUUCUGAGGCAGGAAGACCAAAUUAGACAACAGAUGGCUAAACAUCCGGAGAUCCUGGUGAGGCUGCAUGGAGUAAUUACGGAUUUAUACGUCGAUUGGGAGAGAGCUAAAGGCGCCAGGAGAAUGACUUCUGCAGUCGCUGCUGAAAAACUAAGUUCUGCACUUGAAACUCGGAACAUCGAGGCUCUUCAACAAAUUAUUCUUGGAAAAGAUGAAAAUCCAAUUACACCACCUGCUAGUCUUAGCCUUGGACAGGAUAUCGUCGUUUGA